GAAAGUAGUAAGUUUGACGUUAAAAAUCAAGAUAAUUUGUUGAGUUGUUAAUUCCCGUAUAUAGGAAACUUUGUUCCUUAACUUAAGUUGUUAAUUAGUGUGUAUUAUAAGUGUAAAUUCUUUUCUUAAAGUACAAACAACUGUCAAAAGUACAACAAUGUCUUACCAUUCAGGAAGAGUUAGGGGACGAGGCAGAUAUUCCGAUUAUCACAGCAGAGGCCAGAAUAGACAGUUUAGACCAGUCGAAGGAAAGCCCAGUAUUUCCAGUAAAAACAUAUCCAAACACGACAAUAACUGCUGCUCAGAUGUCAGCUUUUCCUUGGACCUCGACGCAAACGAACAAAUUUUUUUCACUAGUCUUAAAGAAAUGUGGAAUAUGCUUAAGAAAAGCCCUCCUGUAGUUAGCAAACUGCAAACAUACUACUACAAUUCUGAUAAUGCUUACAUUAGAAUGUUGAAAUUGGUGUGCAAUUGCCAGGAUUUCUACAAUGCGAAAAACAAAACCUUGCCCAUGUUUAUAAUCGAGGAAUUCAUAGCCUGGAGCGCGAUAAACAGGAGUAACAUAAUAACAUUUUUGACGCCCCAACUGAAAAUAGACGCUUUCAAAAUUUCGCUGAGGCAAAAUUCCGCUUCACUAACCAAAUUGAUCAUAGAGGUGUUCGAAUUCAAGGAAAACAACGAGUUGUUUCUGGAUUUGAUUAGGUGUUUGAUAGACAAAAAACUCUUUAAAGAGGCUUGUCAGUACGCGACUUUACUUAAACUUCACAGCCAUUUUGCUAUUGAAGACUUUCUAAUUCCGUUGGUUUUACAAGAUCGAUUGUUUGGAGUAGACGAUUUCCUGAAGAAUAAUCCUGUACAUCAAACUGAAUUAGUUAGAUUUCUAGACAGUAUUUUGGCGCAGCCUUCCGUGAGAGAUACGAUGGGUGAAUACGUUGCUAAAAGAGGCAUUCCCGAUUUGAAGUACGACAAAAUGCACGCGAAACCUUGGAAAAAGCUGAUUACUAGAUUAGUGAAAAUGUUCAAAUUGCCGUCAGAUUUGACCCCGAAUUUGAAUAAAAGGCGAAACGAAGGAGCGCUCAAUUUUCUUUUACACAAGCGGUACAUCGAAAACUCCUUUGGCGACGAAAGUUGGAAAGAAAUGGUACAAGAGGCCGUGGGGAACGAAGUGGACCUGCAAAAGGAACUAAUAUAUCAAGUGGCUCAUUACGGUGAUCCCUCGGAAGCUCUGAGAUGGGCUCAUCACUACAAUUUGGACAAGGAAUUCUGGCCUCACAGCGUAAAAAUGCUGGAAGAGAACCCGGACGGGAACAGGAUGCAACAGAAAGUGCUACAACAUGAAUAUAUUAGCUGGGAUGACGAUUUUGCGGAGCAAUCCGAAGAACAGCCCGAGUACCACAAACUGGCACUACUCUCUGAUGCGAUUGUUCUGAUAGACGAUCCGACUAAGUUCGAAACUUUCUUGGAUACGAUUUUAAAGGACGUUUGUGUAAUAGGAAUAGAUUGCGAAUGGAAGCCCAGUUUCGGUGGCAAUCUCAGCGAAUUGGCUUUGAUGCAAAUAGCAACCAGAAAAAAUGUGUUCAUACUCGAUAUUAUAAAUAUCGGUAAUAAAUGCCCGCAUUUGUGGCAGGAACUUGGAAAGUUCGUUUUUAACAAUUGUGAUAUAUUGAAAUUAGGUUUUAGUUUAACCGGUGAUAUUCAUAUGAUAAAACAUGCACUUCCAUACCUGAAUUUUACUGUCAAACAAGUAGGAUUCCUUGAUUUAUGUUCGUUUUGGAAAAUAUUAGAGAAACAUCCGGAAGUUAAACUACCAUUUGAAGUACAAAAAGGAGGCCCUAGUUUAAGUACCUUAGUUCACUGCUGUCUGGGCUCCCCUCUAGAUAAAUCCGAUCAAUUUUCGAACUGGGAGAAACGCCCGUUGCGCGACAGCCAGAUAUUGUACGCCGCUUUGGACGCUUACUGCCUCAUAGAAUGCUACGACAUCAUAAAACGUUGCUGCGAAGAGGCCAAGUUUCCGUUCGAAGAGACCUGCUACCAUCUGAUGGUCAACGAGAAGAUGCCCAAGAAGUCUUUCAAGAAAUCGAGCAGGAAAUCCGACUUUAAGAAAACGAAGGAGAUCCCCCAACCGCCCAGUCCUCACUUCGAGGCCGUUCCGGCCGAGAAAAUCAAUAUCGUCUGUGAUACGAUGCUGCAAGGUCUCGGUAAGAAGCUGCGCAGCUGCGGCGUCAACACCGCCAUAUUGGAAACGCACGAAGAUCAUAUGAUGUGCGUUAAAUACGCCAUGGAUGAGCACCGGUACAUCCUUACCAAAGGAAACGAAACUUUUAAAUUGCUCAAAGGAUACGUCCCGGAGGGUCAUUGUUUGAAAAUCAUCGGAGAUUACACCGACGAGCAAAUCAGAGAAGUGCUAGAUUACUACAAAGUGGCCGUUACAAAAGAAAACGUGUUUAGCAGAUGCCAGGUGUGCAAUGGUAAUAAUUUCGUCAAGUUAUCGAGAUCCACGAUGAUGGCUUUGGUCAACAAGUCCGAAACGAAGUACGUUCCUCCUCCCGCUGGUUUGUACGACGACGAAGCCACCGGAUUUUCGAGCGACGAGGAUUAUUACGACGAUUCUGCCACGCAGCAGGUUUCCUAUUCGGACGGCAGGAAAUGGGAUUUGUACCCGGACGAGAAAAUUGACGUAGGAUUGUGUCAAACGCGCCUAGGAGCAAAGAUACAGGUGCAAGCAGUACCGAAGACGCUUCUGGACAAGUACGACUUCUUCUACAUAUGCGAGGAAUGCGGAAAAGUGUAUUGGGACGGAUCGCACUUCGAUAGAGUUUUAACGGGAAGGCUGCAAGGUAUCGUGUAAUUUCAAAUCGAUUUACUCUAUUAGGAUGUUGUUAUUUUAAUCUCAUUAUCGACUACAUUUAUUUAGUAAAAACAUUUUAAC